GGCGCGUAAAUACUGUCCAACGUUACCUAAUGUAGAUGUAAAGUUAGUUUUCUGUACAUUUUAAGUAUGGAGGCCGAUCAAUAUAAUGGGAAGACUGUACUUGUUAUUAACCAUACACACAUGGUUAGCUGUUUCGCCGGAGAUGAAUUAAACUUGGAUGCAGGAGUUAAAUUUGUAAACACAAAAGUGAUAUUUCAGAAGUCAAUUUGGAGCAACCUUGUUGAAGCCGUUAUAUAGUACUGUCGUGUUGUAUUUGAUAUAUUUUCUACCGAAAAACCUAUGUCUAUAUUAACCUUUGAUGAUGAGGAAAAGAUUCACUCUAUAUGGCUAAAUGAGGAUCAAAAUUUGGAUACAAUAUGGAACAUAUUUUCUCAGGAAGGUCCACCGAAGAUCUCUUCACUCAAUUUUCUUGAACGUGGUUCACUUCCAGGUUUAUCUUCAGCCUCUCAUCUCUUACAAAUGCUAACGCCACGUCAGAAGGAAAUUAAUUCUGGCGAGAACAAAGGCAGAGUAGUUGUCUUAAGCAUGUCUAUGGGUAAUAAAGUUUUGUCUUGGAGUCCGGAUAUUUUAUCGUCUUUAGAGAAGCCUAUCGACACACCCGAUCAUAUGGAUGUUACUUCAAGUGAAUGGGUUUUUGUUGACCUGUUUCCAGCUUCUGAAUUCUCAGCAGAUCUAAAUGGACUAUACCCUGAGCAAUUAGAGCUACCUAAUAAUAUAGAUCCAAAUGCCCGACAUCGUUUUUUCUAUCAUAAACUUCUAGCUACCAGCCAAGAGUUGUAUCAGGGUUUAAUGCGUCUUGCAGAAUGUCAUUACAAUCUUUCAAGUACACUUGUUCAAGAUAUUCCCAUGAAGGAGGAAGCUAAUGUUAAUUCUGGUAGUUCAAUGUAUGGCGUCGAAAUUCUGCAUCGAGCUGAGGUACACGACAUGUUAAAACGUCGGGGUAUUUACGAGAAAUUAUUAGUACGUACAGAUAGUGAAAACAAUAAGUCCAUAUCACGACCACACUCUGGAUUUUCGAAAACUUUGGGCAUAAAAUGGGUUACGCCGAAGACCUCGGAUACUAAUUUUCUGCGCUUUGCUGUCGCAACAUACAGAGUAACUUUAGCAGAUGUUUGCCAUAGAGCAUCUACCUGCUUAGCUCAAUUUGUUUUAGGAGGUCGGUCUGUUGCGUUGGCUCAUCGUCUACAGUCUUCAUUCCCAGCGUUACCUAAUGAUUCUAACUUAUUAACAUCUUGUUCAACGGAUGAAGCUCUUCUACUCACUUGUCAUGGAUCCGUAAUGUAUAUACAUGUUUUAGGAACAAUUUUCCCAAUGACUCAUCCCCAGAAUAUUCCUUUAACUUCUAAUCCUAAUGUGGCCCCGGGAGAUUAUCGUAUACAAGCCUUCAUUGAUCAAAUCUUACGCCCUUCUCGUCUGGCUCCGGCAUCAGCUAGAUUAAAUUAUUCAGUGUAUCCCAAAGAACGAGCCCGACAAGAUAUUGAACGUCAAACACGGUAUUGGCCACUUAUGGAAUCUCAAACAUUACUGGACAAAACUAAGCUAGCUGCUCCAAUAUUUGAAAAUUUACCAAAAGAAUACCUUGAACCUAGUGAAAUAUCUGCCUGUGAAGAAUCUAUAGUGAAUAUUGUAAACUCUAUUAAACAGUACGUUUGCCUGUCCGAUUCUAGAAAGAACUCUUCUAAACGAGGAUCAUCAUCUCGAACUUUGCCUGUUGCACCUGCACUUCAAGCAGAAGCAAUUGUAAUGGCAACUGAAUUCGAUUAUAUUCUUUCCUUAUAUAGUGAUAUAUCAACUGAACAUGAACAAAUUCGAAAUUAUUGGAUACAAACUAUAAGUUCAUCAAAAACUAAUGACACAUUAAAUGGACUAAACCGUUUGUCAAAUGAAAAUGACUUUAAUUCAUUAAAUCUUACAGAAAUGAUUCGUCUAGCUAAAACAAUAGCAUAUGAUCAAACGAAUAUUGUUAAUCCUACCAUUCCUUUAGCACUUAUAAAAAUUAUGAAAAGUUUAACAGUUCUAUCGCUCUGUUGGAGUGACAAGGAACAUGAGUCGAGACUUUCGGAUCAGUAA